AUGGAAGCUGUAGCCACUGUCGCGAGUAUCACGGCUCUUGUGACAGUCGCGUUGCAGUCAGCAGCACAGAUCAAUAAUAUCCUUGCAGCAAUAAAGGAUGGCCCGACUGAAAUACAGCAGUUGCUCGAGGGUGUCCAUGCCCUCGAGACAGCAUUGAGAGGCACCUUACAAGCGACGCGCGACGCGCAGAGGAUAUCCGACGAGUACCUCCUUGAGCUCCAUGCAAUAUCGGGUCGCUGUGAACGAAGCAUUGAAAGCCUAAAGAAGAACCUGAUCAAUCUCUGCACAAAGCGUGGAGACGGAAGUCGCGCAGGUAUACGACCAACUGGGUCAAUGGGUUGGACUUCAGAUAUCAAGAUCAACAGUUUCGAGACCUCGAUUGAGACUAUCACACGGAGCUUAUCAAAAUGUGUCCAGGCUCCCAAUCGACAGGGCGAUAGCAAUGGUGCAAACAUACAAGGAAAUUCAAGCAUUCAAGAGAGUACUGGCCAAAUUUUAUCCAUGUCUCCAAGCUCAACAACAGCAGCGCAUCCCGCAACUGACAUGCUGUUCUCCAUGAGAGCGGAUAUGCAAAUUGCACAACAAGAGCAGAUGAACGCUUUGUCAAGUCUCAACCAGAAUUUAGUGGACCAGGUUCAGGCAUGUCAGGACAUGUCUGUUGCCCAAUCCCGUCAGAUACAAGAGCUACUCAAGGCACUGGGUCAAUCGCUAUCAAAUCAGGUAUCCACGAUACAAAUCACUGUUCCAAACGACGAAAUCAGAAAUGAUCCUCCUCAAGAAGACAGUAGCGCAGAGCGAGACAAGAUCGCAGACAAUGCAAUAAAGCGGCAUGUUGAGAACUUGUGUUCCUUAGCUAAGGACAGAGAGGGUUGUGUAGAGUCUGAACAAGCGGAAGAGAUCAUUGAAGAACUGCAGGGGCUUUUGAAUCUGUUCAACGCACCAAGGAGAGAUGCAAAUCCCGAGCAGCAUGGCCGAAAAAGAAAAGCUGAAAGCAAGGAUGAUCUUGAGGGUGAAGUACACCGCAAGAAGAAAAGGGUGGGGAUCUGGCGGAAACUCACAGGGUUGAUGACAACGACUGAUGCCAUCCAAGUCAAUGGUAAUGGGAGAUCUCUGAAGGCCUUCCACAACACUAUUGCAUACGAGCUCGAGAGCGACGCAGCUAUCCUGUCGGUUAUAGCGACCACUCACCACCACGAAGAGACAAUCAGGGCUUCUGAUCUACGUAAGUCCUUCAGUGCACGAGCUACGAUCUUACCGAAAAGUGCAUCCUUCAAAAAUAAGAUCACACUAUCCGUGUCACAGCAGGUGACACUUCAGGGCUAUUCUUCGAUUCAUCCAACUCUGACUUUUGCAAACAUCAUCCCCUUUGAAUCUCCAGUAUUCGAGAUCAUUAAGGCUGGAGAUCUCAAUGAGUUUGAGCUGAUGCUACGAACUGGUCAAGCAUUGCUGAGUGAUUGUGACCCCGAAGGAAGGUCGUUUCUGACUUACGCAUAUUACAAUUCCCGACCAGAAAUAUGCCAGUUUCUUGUCGAGAACGGGUCAGAUCCAAACCCUGUGGAGGUUGGGUUGGAUGACGUGUAUUCGGAAUAUUUUUUGCCAACAAUGUCACAGAAAUAUUGCAACUGGUCUGAGGUGCCCGUCGAAAGGCUAGACCGAAGUCAAAAGUGCCUGAAAAUACUCCUUGAACACGGCGCAGAUGCCACGGUCAGAAAAAAAGUCCCGCGUUACGACGACUGUGAUGAAAGUUGGGAUGGCGGGAGUAUAGUUGUUGAGAUGGCAACACGUUCCGGGGAGACGUCCCCCGUCUUCUUCCAACAAACUUUGCGCAAUGAUAUUGGUUUUAUCGAUUUCGAGAAAUACCGAGAUGAAAUGUUGAGUGAGGCCUGCAGGGGCCACGGUACGGAAACAUUCAAUACUGUGAGAUUGUUGCUUGAGAAGGGCGCAGAUCUUAAUCGUAGAAACUGUAAUGGAGACACUGCAAUCCACACACUUCUGAAAAGCAGAAGACAGGGGAAGUGCCUGUCGCAUGCUCUUCGAGACGUCAUCAAGGCUGGUGGGAACAUACAUUCGAAAACACGCUCGGGUUACACACCAUCACAACUUGCCAGGCGGAGAAACGAUAUAUGGGUGAUCUAUGGUACCGACAGAUAUUUAUGGAAACAGAAUCCUCAUUGGGCCGAGUGGAGCAUCGCACUGAGAGAAUGUGGCAUCGAGCAAGCAGAAAUUGUCCGUAUGGAAUGUGAGGCCAUUGGUGCACUACAAGAUCGUGGCGAGUAUGAAGAUGACGACGGAGAGGACAACGACAACGACGGGGAGGAAGGGGGCGACGACGACGACGCAGAUGAAGGAGUGCCAUUAUAUGUCUCUUAG